CCUCCCCGCACGGCCAGGCGAAGCCGAGCCGGCCGUGCGGUGUGUAUGUGUUCGCGGGGCGCCGUCUCAGCCCCGGGAAGAUGGUGGCGGCGGCGCCGGCGACUGAGGCGAGGCUGAGGAGGACGGCGGCGACGGCAGCGCCCACGGGCAGGAACGGCGAGCGGCGCCGGGAUCGGGGCGCGAUCGGGACUGGGAGGCUGGGGUUGGGGUCCGGGCUGCGCCUCCCGCGGCUGCUGCCGCCGCUGCUACUGCCGCUGCUGCUCCCGUCGUUGCUGUUGCUGCCCUGGGCUGCCGAGGCCGCGGCGGCAGCUGCGGUGGUGUCGGGCUCUGCUGCAGCCGAGGCCAAAGAAUGUGACCGGCCCUGUGUCAACGGCGGCCGCUGCAACCCUGGCACCGGCCAGUGCGUCUGCCCCGCCGGCUGGGUGGGCGAGCAGUGCCAGCACUGCGGGGGCCGAUUCAGAUUAACUGGAUCUUCUGGGUUUGUAACAGAUGGACCUGGGAAUUAUAAAUAUAAAACAAAGUGCACGUGGCUCAUUGAGGGACAGCCAAAUAGAAUAAUGAGACUUCGUUUCAAUCAUUUUGCUACAGAGUGUAGUUGGGACCAUUUAUAUGUUUAUGAUGGGGACUCAAUUUAUGCACCACUAAUUGCAGCCUUUAGCGGCCUCAUCGUUCCCGAGAGAGACGGCAACGAGACGGUGCCCGAGGUUGUCGCCACUUCGGGUUACGCCCUGCUGCAUUUCUUCAGCGAUGCUGCUUAUAAUCUGACUGGAUUUAAUAUCACUUACAAUUUUGACAUGUGUCCAAACAAUUGCUCAGGCCGAGGAGAAUGUAAGAUCAGCAAUAGUAGCAACACUGUUCAAUGUGAAUGUUCUGAAAACUGGCAAGGUGAAGCCUGUGACCUUCCUCAAUGUGUAAAUAACUGUGGUUUUCCUCACCGAGGCAUCUGUGAGUCAGGUGAUGUCAGAGGAUGUUCCUGUUACCCAGGGUGGCAGGGUCCCAGCUGUGCAAUUCCUGUACCAGCUAACCAGUCAUUCUGGACUCGGGAGGAAUUUUCUAACCUAAAGCUCCCUAGAGCCUCUCAUAAAGCUGUGGUCAAUGGCAAUAUAAUGUGGGUUGUUGGAGGAUAUAUGUUCAACCACUCAGAUUACAACAUGGUUCUAGCGUAUGACCUCGCUUCUAGGGAGUGGCUGACGCUGAAUCAUUCUGUGAACAAUGUGGUUGGUAGAUAUGGCCAUUCUUUAGCACUAUACAAGGAUAAAAUUUACAUGUAUGGAGGAAAAAUUGAUUCAACAGGAAAUGUGACCAAUGAGUUGAGAGUGUUUCAUAUUCACAAUGAAUCAUGGGUGGUGCUCACGCCGAAAGCAAAGGAGCAGUAUGCCGUGGUCGGGCACUCAGCGCACAUCGUCACGCUGAAGACCGGUCGUGUGGUCAUGCUAGUCAUCUUUGGUCACUGCCCUCUCUAUGGAUACAUAAGCAAUGUACAAGAAUAUGACUUGGACAAGAACACAUGGGGCAUAUUGCACACAAAUGGAGCCCUUGUCCAAGGAGGCUAUGGCCAUAGCAGUGUGUAUGACCGCAGGACAAGGGCCCUGUAUGUUCACGGAGGUUACAAGGCCUUCAGCGCCAAUAAAUACCGCCUUGCUGACGACCUCUACAGAUAUGAUGUGGACACCCAGAUGUGGACCAUUCUUAAGGACAGCCGAUUUUUCCGUUACUUGCACACAGCUGUGAUAGUGAGUGGGGCCAUGCUGGUGUUUGGCGGAAACACACACAACGACACAUCCAUGAGCCACGGCGCCAAGUGCUUCUCUUCAGAUUUCAUGGUUUACGACAUUGCUUGUGAUCGCUGGUCAGUGCUUCCCAGACCGGAUCUCCACCACGAUGUCAACAGGUUCGGCCAUUCAGCAGUCUUACACAACAGCACCAUGUAUGUAUUUGGUGGUUUCAACAGUCUCCUCCUCAGUGACAUCCUAGUGUUCACCUCGGAGCAGUGUGAGGCGCACCAGAGCGAGGCUGCUUGUCUGGCAGCAGGACCUGGCAUCCGGUGUGUGUGGAAUGCAGGGUCAUCUCGGUGUAUCUCCUGGGAGCUGGCCACUGAAGCACAAGAAGAAAAGUUAAAAUCAGAAUGUUUCUCCAAAAGAACUCUCGAUCAUGACAGAUGUGACCAGCACACGGAUUGUUACAGCUGCACAGCCAACACCAAUGACUGCCACUGGUGCAAUGACCACUGCGUCCCAAUGAACCACAGCUGCACGGAAGGCCAGAUCUCCAUAGCUAGAUAUGAGAAUUGCCCCAAGGACAACCCUAUGUACUACUGUAACAAGAAGACCAGCUGCAGGAGCUGUGCCCUGGACCAGAACUGCCAGUGGGAACCCCGGAACCAGGAGUGCAUUGCGCUGCCGGAAAAUAUCUGUGGCAUUAGCUGGCAUUUGGUUGGAAACUCAUGUUUGAAGAUCACGACGGCCAAGGAGAACUAUGACAAUGCUAAGUUGUCCUGUAGGAAUCACAAUGCCUUUCUGGCUUCUCUUACGACCCAGAAGAAGGUAGAAUUUGUUCUUAAGCAGCUGCGAAUGAUGCAGUCAUCACAGAGCAUGUCGAAGCUCACCUUAACCCCUUGGGUUGGCCUUCGGAAGAUCAACGUGUCUUACUGGUGCUGGGAAGACAUGUCUCCGUUUACAAACAGCCUGCUCCAGUGGAUGCCGUCUGAGCCCAGUGAUGCCGGGUUCUGUGGGAUUUUGUCUGAGCCCAGCACUCGGGGCUUGAAGGCUGCAACCUGUAUCAACCCACUCAACGGCAGCGUCUGUGAAAGGCCUGCGAACCACAGUGCCAAGCAGUGCCGGACGCCGUGUGCCCUGAGGACUGCGUGCGGCGAGUGCACAAGCGGCAGCUCCGAGUGCAUGUGGUGCAGCAACAUGAAGCAGUGCGUGGACUCCAACGCCUACGUGGCCUCCUUCCCCUUCGGCCAGUGUAUGGAGUGGUACACCAUGAGCAGUUGCCCCCCGGAGAACUGUUCUGGUUACUGCACCUGUAGCCACUGCUUGGAGCAGCCUGGCUGUGGCUGGUGCACCGACCCCAGCAAUACCGGCAAAGGGAAGUGCCUCGAGGGCUCCUACAAAGGGCCGGUGAGGAUGCCUGCCCAGGCCCCCACGGGGCACUCCUACCCACAGCCCCUUCUCAAUUCCAGCAUGUGUCUGGAGGACGGCAGGUACAACUGGUCUUUCAUUCAGUGUCCAGCUUGCCAGUGCAACGGCCACAGCAAAUGCGUGAACCAGAGCAUCUGCGAGAAGUGUGAGAACCUGACCACGGGCAAACACUGUGAGACCUGCAUCUCCGGCUUCUAUGGCGACCCUACCAACGGAGGGAAAUGUCAGCCCUGCAAGUGCAACGGGCACGCGUCCCUGUGCAACACCAACACGGGCAAGUGCUUCUGCACCACCAAGGGCGUCAAGGGGGACGAGUGCCAGCUAUGUGAGGUAGAAAAUCGAUACCAAGGAAACCCUCUCAAAGGAACAUGUUAUUACACUCUACUUAUUGACUAUCAGUUCACCUUUAGCCUCUCCCAGGAAGAUGACCGCUAUUAUACAGCCAUCAAUUUUGUGGCUACACCUGAUGAACAAAACAGGGAUUUGGACAUGUUCAUCAAUGCCUCCAAAAACUUCAACCUCAACAUCACAUGGGCUGCCAGCUUCUCAGCUGGAACCCAAGCUGGAGAAGAAAUGCCUGUUGUUUCAAAAACCAACAUUAAGGAGUACAAAGACAGCUUCUCUAAUGAGAAGUUUGAUUUUCGCAACCACCCAAAUAUCACUUUCUUUGUUUAUGUCAGUAAUUUCACUUGGCCCAUCAAAAUUCAGAUUGCCUUCAGCCAGCACAGCAAUUUUAUGGACCUGGUACAGUUCUUCGUGACUUUUUUCAGUUGUUUCCUCUCUUUGCUCCUGGUGGCUGCUGUGGUUUGGAAGAUCAAGCAAAGUUGCUGGGCCUCCAGGCGUAGAGAGCAACUUCUUCGAGAGAUGCAGCAGAUGGCCAGUCGCCCCUUUGCCUCUGUAAACGUUGCCUUGGAAACAGAUGAAGAGCCUCCUGAUCUCAUCGGGGGAACUAUAAAGUCUGUUCCCAAACCCAUUGCCCUGGAGCCUUGUUUUGGCAACAAAGCUGCGGUCCUCUCUGUGUUUGUGAGGCUCCCUCGAGGCCUUGGUGGAAUCCCUCCUCCCGGGCAGUCAGGUGAGUCUCGCAGUGGCCAGCGCCCUGGUGGACAUUUCUCAGCAGAUGCCAAUACUGUACAAAGAGAAGUCAGGAGCCGUGAGGAACCGGAAGCAGCAGCCCCCUGCACAGCCUGGCACCUGCAUUUGAUGCUGGGGCCGGGACUCUCCGAGAGCUGAGCUAGUGUGGCGGACCAGAGCCCUCUGCAGGAGAGGGAGCAGGCAGGGAGAGGCGGUGCGGGCAGAAGA